AUGUUACCCUUGCCCAGUCUGCUGCAGCUCAUUCUGUUGCUGGAACUAGAGUUUUGGCGAGGAACCGAAGCCAGUCCGACUGAUGAUAAUGCACUCCGGACCGGCCAUGGAGACCACGGCGAACCGGGGCAUGCGGAACCGCAUAAGGAUUCAUACAGCACCUUUGCCUCGGAGUUCCUAGAGUCCAGAUACCUUUCCGACGAGGGGUACCCUUUCCCCACCGCGCCUCCCGUCGACCCGUUCGCCCGCAUUAAAGUCAGCGACUGUGGAGUCACUAAAGGGUGCAUCAGGUAUGGGAAACCAGGCUGCGAUGCUGAGACCUGUGACUAUUUCCUGAGUUAUAGACGUAUUGGGACGGAUGUGGAGUUUGAACUCAGCGCAGACACAGACGGCUGGGUGGCCGUCGGCUUCUCCUCCGACAAGAAAAUGGGAGGCGACGAUGUCAUGGGCUGCGUCCACGACGACAACGGGCGCGUGAGGAUCCAUCACUUCUAUAACGUGGGCCAGUGGGCAAAGGAGAUCAAACGCAACCCCGCCCGGGACGAGGAGGGCAUCUUCGAGAGCAACCGCGUCACUUGCCGCUUCAAACGCCCGCUCUACGUGCCGCGGGAGGAGACGCUGGUCGACCUGCACCUGAGCUGGUAUUACCUGUUCGCCUGGGGCCCUGCUAUACAGGGUUCCAUAACACGGCAUGACAUCGACAGCCCUCCCGUGUCUGAUCACAUGAUCAGCAUUUACAAAUAUGAGGACAUCUUCAUGCCCUCGUCGACCUAUCAGACCUUCUCUUCCCCUUUCUGUCUCCUCCUCAUCGUCGCCCUCACCUUCUACCUGCUCAUGGGCACCCCGUAA